AUGGGUCGAGCGCGCUCCUUUAUCAAACGUAAUUAUGGGAGGCUCGCCUCCUUGUGGCGACUCGGUUCGUCAGUCAAAGACCAUCGACGACAGGCAAUAACCUCGAAGAAAUGGCCAUCGAAACCUGAGAAUGAUCCCCCGAUCACUUUCUCACCUGACGAUGCCAUCGGCGUCCACCUACCUCAUAAUGACCCCCUACUCGUCGAAGUAGGAAUCGCGAAGUGUGACGUCGCCAAAGUUCUGGUCGAUACCGACAGUUCGGUCGAUCUCAUCAUUCGUGAUACACUCGAUAAGAUGGGAGUCGACCUGCGCGAUAUGAAUCCAUCAUCUCGCUCCCUCACGGGAUUCAACGUAGCUUCCGAAAUGAUGAUCGGAACAAUCAAGCUCCGGUCUACGCAUGCCGGGACCCCCUGGUUACAUUCGAUAAAGGCAAUAUCAUUGACGUAUCACCAGUGCGUGAAGUUCCCUCGACAAAGUGGUCAAGUACAAACGCUUCAAGGAGACCAGCAGGCCGCGCGUGACCUACUAAUUACAACGGUGAAGCUGCGACAAUCGACUCCUCGAAUCAACGCAAUAGCAAAGCAAAUCCAAUCUCAAAAAGAUGAGAUUCUAGUAGUAACGAUUGACGAAUCCGACCAAAGCAAAGUAGUCCGAGUCUACGCUUUCCUCUCCGAAGAAAUGCAACGCGCGAUCAUCGACUUCCUGAAGCAGAACGCAUCGACAUUCGCUUGGACAACAUCAGAUAUGAAGGGAAUAAAUCCCGCCAUAACGUCUCAUGUGUUGAAUGUAGAUCCAAACAUCAAGCCUAUUCGCCAGAAAAGACGCAAGCUUGGCCCUGAACGAAGCAAGGCCAUCAACGAGGAAGUCGAGCGACUGCUCGCAGCCGGUUCAAUCACCGAGGUGCGCUGCCUGGAGUGGUUGGCUAACCCGGUUGUCGUCAAGAAGAAGAACGGAAAAUGGCGUGUAUGCGUCGACUUUACCGAUUUAAACAAGGCUUGCCCCAAAGACAGUUACCUGCUUCCGCAGAUCGAUAGAUUAGUCGAAUCGACUGCUGGAAACGAGCUCCUGACCUUCAUGGAUGCUUUCUCGGGCUACAAUCAGAUCAUGAUGUACCCGGAUGAUCGAGAGAAGACAGCGUUCAUUACUGAUAGAGGGACGUACUGCAACAAAGUGAUGCCAUUCGGUCUUAAGAACGCCUGUGCGACUUACCAAUGA